AUGAAUAUAAUGAGACGAUUAGUGUCUCAACAGACCAGAGAUGAGAGAGAGUUGUCGUCGUCGGAGACGUCGCUAUCGUUAUCCCAUUUAAACAAACUCUUCGUUGACAUCAAAUCAAACGCACCGCAGAUCGGAUCCAUCGGCUCUUCGCAGCAGAACAACGAGUUCUAUGAACAGAGGAUUUACAAUAUUUUACCACUUUUUUGCAAAGUGUUCUCAGGGAUGUGUUCGCAGACGUCGAGCACCGGUGGCGUGGGCGGCGGCGGUGGCUCUCAUGUGGAUGUGUUCGACAAGUUCUGUGACGUGACUUCGUUCACACAAAUGGUGUCGCGACUGAUGGUGACUGAGAUCAGGCGUCGGGCGAGCAGUAAGACCACCGAAAACGCCUCGCAAGCGAUCGUCGAGUUCUUGGAAAUGACGCCAACACUGGAGUCGCCCUCCGAUAAGAAGGGAUGGACUCUUCUGUCGACACUGAAUCUACUCAUCUGUUCCAACUCAGCGCCGCUCAUCACUAUAAUGACCACAAACUCGUUGACCUCAACGCUCGUCAAGUGUCUGUAUCUGUUCUUCGAUUUGCCGCCCGUUAAUGAUAUGCAGACACAGAGUGGCGGCCAAUCGCCCGAAGAGCUGAAGCCAACAGAGCGGCGACUACUGUUGCAGAAGGUGUUCAGUCAGCUGUUGAUCCGCUUGUGUUCAUCGCAUUCAGCGCUCAUUGAAUUGACCCGAAAAGACGAUUUGGCGCUUCUGUUCAACGCUAUCACCUCCUGGUGUCCGAAACACAACGCUUUGUGGCGAAGAACCGCUUCCGAUGUGAUACUAACGAUGGCGAAGACCAACAAUAUUAACGGCGAGUAUCUUCACGACAAGGGAUGUGUGAAUAUAUUUGUGGAGAAUAUGCAACGAAUGCUAGAAUUGGGCACAACUGGAACCACUGAUAUCGUCGAAAUGCUCAGCACUUUAAUACACUUUCUCUGCGAACUGUCCGUCAAUACUAGCAAUUCAUCGACGGUUAACAUAUUUCUCGAUGACUUUAAGAGCGGUUUUGGGUAUAAUUUUUUGAUCGAUUUUUGUCUUAAAUUGGAACAAAUGCCCGAAGAAGUGGAUUCGUUGAAGCGAUUGGUUUCGUUGAUAACGCAGUUCACGAAAGUGGGCUCACGUGAGCUGAAGCCACGGCCGUUGUCUGUGAACCACUUGUUCAUAAUGGAUGACUUCUCGAUGCCGAGACCCACCACUAAGAAUGCCAUUAAGAACUUGAAUGCAUUCAACGUCUUCCAGACGGUGUGGAUGAGAGCCAAGACAUCCACUCUUCAGGCCAUGAUUUUGGACGCAAUGCUUGUCCUCUACAGAGAAGAUAAGGCCAACUAUUUUAUACUCGACUCUCAGAAUACUUUGAGUCAAUUCGCGGACAAACUUCAGCUGAAAUCAUUGGAAAUACAGGAGCAUUUGUUUACACUAUUGGAAUACGUUGUGUACGAACUGCGAUACGUGCCGUGCAAAGAGCUGAUCAGUAUAUCCAUUAUUAUCAAAUCCAAACAUUCGCUGGAAAGCAGUACAAUAUGUCUGAAGUCAUUGCUAUCGAUACUGAAAUUCAAUGCCAUAUUCUUAGACGUGUACCGAGAGGUGGGUUUACUCGAUAUCAUUGCAUCGCUUCUUAUAUAUUACUCGCAAUCGGACGACAAGGAAAGUGAGCCGCUGUUGUCGUUGAUUGCGGACAAUGUGUUGCAAUUGCUUUCGGGUCCCAAUCAUAACAACUGUCAACUCUAUAACGAAUGCGGAGCCGCGAAACACACGUUUGGUUUCCUAUCAAACAACAAGUGCUCCAAACAAAUACGAAAGAAAGCGUUUCAUAUCAUUCAACAGUUGAUACUAUCGAAUAGCGGCGAAGAACACUUGGCCAACCUCUUGGCCCUAAUGCACAGGGAAUCAGACAUUACCACGAAUUUGAAUCUAAAGUCAUCGAUAUUGAAGUCACUGUUGGUUGUGAUGCGAGAGAACCAUCGCGUGAGAGCUAUAUUCCGAAAAGUGGGCGGAUUUGUGUACGUUAUGUCCGUUUUGGUUCAUAUGGAGGGCUGUCUCGACGGCAAGUCUUGGAAUAAUAUCGAACCCAAGAAGAUAUGGAAUCUGUUGCGGUGUGUGUUCGCAGCGCUGACCACAGCCAUGCGUUACGAGCCCGCGAACGCCCGGUUCUUUGCCCAAGAGAUUUGCGCCUCCAGUCUAACCGAUUCCAUACGACUUCUCGGAUGCUUUUGCGUCGAAAAUGAUUUGUCCGACACGUCUGGAGCCGAGGAAACAGAGUUCGAAACGCUGUUUAACUGUUCGCUCAACGAUUUGCCGCCAAAGAAGUCGAUGACACGAUCGGAAUCGGCGUGUCUUCUCAUGCGACUACUCUAUGAUAUGACUCUCGAUAUAUCAGACAAAUGCUCGACAAAUGCGCAAACCGUUACUCAAAAGGUUUCGUCCAAUACUCAGCCGACGGGAGGUUUGGGAGCCAAAAGGCCUCCGCACCUAAUGCUGUCGCCCUCGGCUUCGGAUCCGCCACUCAUUGUUCACUCAUCGGUCUUAAUAUCGAUGUUUCAAUUGAUUCCAUCGAUUCCGGACCAAAAUCUUCGCAUAUAUUUGAUGGAAGUGUUACGUCGACUACUGAAGAGUGAACGCAAUCAACAAGUGAUGUGUGAAAUCAAUUUAGUGACAGAGAUAUUGAUGGAUAGGUAUAACGAGGCACUCAUUAACGAAAAUCAUUCAUUGCAUACAUCGGCGCAAUAUAUACUCGAAAGACUUUCCGCACAACAAAUUCAACCCAAAGAACUCAGGGCAUUCCUCCGUUUGGGUCAACCACUCAAUUGCAUUGCUUUCGAUGAACUCAAUAACGGAAAGCCGAAGAAUCAGCGAAACGGCGGACCAAUCGCUUUGACACGAAUUAAGACAAUCGUUAGUAUGACUACACCUAAAGACGGUACGAGUCAUCACUUACUUCAGCCGCCAUUUGUUGAGUUCGAUAUGAAUCAGGAGGGCUUCUCGUCGCUGUUCCUGCCGUCGAUCGCACCGAUCAGUCUGAGUGGUGGCACAUCGGGUGCGGGCAAUCUGUUGACCGGUGCUAUUGUGGGCAACUCUGACGUACCCGUCAGUGUGAAUGGAGGCAUAGGAACGGGCGAAAGGGCUUUCCCACCGCAGUCUGGCUUCACGUACUCGACAUGGAUUUGUGUGGAGAAGUUCUCCACCUCUUCCAGCGAUGAGUCCCAUAACGUACGGCUACUCACUCUAUACAGAGCCUCACAUUCCGGUCAAGAAUACGCCUGUUUUCAGCUACAGAUCGCCGCCAGAGAUAAGGCACUACUCAUAUCGACCCAAGAGAUCGCGAUCUUUGGCGACGCUGAGGUCGGAUCCAGUGGUUUCCCGCACUCUUUCGACGCCGACCAUCACCUGAGAGUUUGGUCGCCUGAACUCAUACAAGAGGGUCAGUGGCAUCACAUCGCCGUUAUCCUCAAUCGAGCGCUACUCAAGAACUCAACGGUCAGUGUUUACAUCGACGGCCAACUGAUCGCUAGUCAGAAAUUGCAUUACAUAUCGUCAGUCGCGGGCGGAAUCAGCGGUAUUUCCAACGCUAGUCCGGCGUAUGUCAACGGUUUCAUCGGAACACCUCCUCAAUGGCGCAAACAGUCGCGUCUGGUGUGGAAACAGGGAGUCUGUCAUCUGCUGGAAGAGCCCCUCAACUCGAUGUUCGUGGCGUACAUCAACUCUCUGGGACCCAACUAUAUCGGCAGCUUUCAGGGCGUCACUCACGCGCUGGCCGUACAACAGAUACAGCAACAGAUCUCUGAGGACCGCAUUAUAUUCGGCCUCAACGCGAGGGCCACUUCGGCCAUGACUUUGGCCAAAAUGCGAAGAGUUUACUCCCGUUUCGAUUGCCGACAGAUAUCGAAACUUCUGGGUAUAUCGACCCACGAGAACGCGACCCCAAUCUAUGUGUUGCACAACUCGGCGGGACAUCUGUGCGGACCGAGCCGUUCGUUGGGCGGUAUAUUGAUAGGCAAUAUCGGCGCGCGUUGUUUUGUGCCCAAACCGGUGGCCGUCACGUGCAGUGACAUCGGCGGCGCGACUCUGCUGUUGGGUCUGAUCGCCAACUCGCAGGACGUGGAGUCGCUGUACGCCAGUGUCAAAGCGUUGGUUUGCGUGAUUCGCACCAAUCGUGAGCUCCAGUUGGAAAUGGAGAGAAUCAAUGGAUACCAAACACUGGCGAUGCUAUUGAGACGGAAGCGCCAGUUCCUCAACUCACACGUACUGCACCUGUCGUUCAAUCUGAUCGGCACUCUUGAUAUCAAGCGCUCCAAUGACACGGCGAUGGAGAUCCAGCGCAUCGGCGCUUUCAAAGACCUAUUGGCCGAUCAGUUGGAUCUUUGGGCGCAAAACGAGUUAUUGAAAUCACUUUUAGAGCAUUUGAACGAAUUGUUGCUCGACUCGAGCCAUCACUCGACUGAAAGCAAAUCAAUUAAUCUUAAAGUAUUACGCGAUAUGUCUUUAUUGCCAAAACUUCUUAACCUCACGCGUGAGAUACGUAUCACUGAUCCCAAGAUUCUGGCACUCAUUUACUCCAUUUGUUAUCGACUUUUGAAUCAAACGUCAAGACAUUCUGAUCUCUUAUAUUUCGGUCAAUUCACGGCUUCACUACUUCCGGCCAAUAAUGAGGAGAAGUCCGAAGACAUCAUUGAAUUGAGGAAUUCAUUGCUGAAGAUAUGUCUUCAACUCAUGACCCGAAGUCAACAGUUGGCCAUAAAUCACGCCAUUCAAGAGGAAUUGUCCCGAAUAUUGGGAUUCGAUUGGUUCCUGCUAUUCCUCCAGAGCUCACUCCAUAAGGAAACGGUGACCAUUGGUUUAGUGAACCUCAUGGUUGUCAUAUCGAACCUAACCCUAUAUACAAAAUUCAAAGAGGGCUCGUCUAAUGGCGGAUGGCUUAAGGACACGGAGGCAGUGCUCGAAAGCCGAUUCGGUGUCCAACUGUUGGGCUUUAAUGUGAACCCGAGUUCUACCGCCAGUUCGAUGCAAACGGUUCUGACCAGUCGUACGACUGGUAUGAAAAUGAUUCGCAACGACUUGCUAUCGAUUCCGGGCUUUCUAUACCUGAAUUGGUUGAUGUCAUCACACGUACAACAGCCCAAAGUAUAUCUAGUCUUAUUUCAGGCCCUCAUUGGCCACUACCAGAGCUUAUCGGCCACUGUCUUGGAGUCCAUCGAGACCUUCGAACAGUUGAGUUUAGACAACCUCUGGAAGUGUCUGUUUAGUGAAUCCAACGCCCGAUACGCGCAUUCGGGCGGUCUUUGCUGUAAAGAUCUCUCGAUAACCAUAUUAUCGAUGAUUCACACAUUGAUAUGGGAUUCGGACGACAAUUUCACAGACUUUCCCACAAUUCUCGUGCAAUUCAUUAUGUAUUUGUAUCACAACCGCAAAGACUUUCAAACGUUUUGUCAGUCGAACUCCGAGUUUAUAUCAUCGCUGUGUCAGACAGUGAUCGCCGAUGAAUGCGGACAAAACGCGGCCAAAGAGUCUACGGACACGAAAGUGUGUGUUUUGACCACACAUUCGGCAAAGAAGCACAUAAUGGACUUCAUUCGACUCAUUAUCAUAAACCUGAUCAGCAGUCAAAACAAUAACACGAUUCGUCCGAUUCCUAUCUUCGAGCAGUUUUUGGAGGGCUUUUCGAGCUGUAAAUUAGCGCAAACAGAGCUCAUCGCCUCACUUCUGGAGCACAUGACCUCUUUGACUGAGUUUAUGUCCCAACAGUACGACUCAUCCAAUUAUAUGCCACAACAGCAACAGAUGGCCUCAUCUAAUAUUGUUGUCUUCAUCGCUAUAGUGGUCGACAAGUUAUGGCAGGACUGCUAUCUCCGCGACCGUAAAGAGAUACUCGACUGCGAACUCAAACUCAUGACCCGUAUUAACGUGGGUUCGCCGGCGCCGCCGACCACUUCCAAGUCCGGCAAGUCUUCGGUCUCCUCUUCGCUCUCCGAACUGAAUCUGUUGUACAAGUCGUUGAACCGAACGGUACUCUAUUUGCUGUCCCGUCCGUUGGAGUCCAUAUCGGAUCGCAUUUCAAUGCUGGAAGUGUUGCAACGCAUUCACACCAAUCGACAGCUGAUCCUAAUCUCGUCGUGCAAUACGGACUCCGAAUUCUUCGUGUGUCUCACCUAUUGUUUGCUUCAACUCAUAGACGAGGCGAAGAUCUCGCUGUCGGCCAAAUCGCGCACCACAUGGCACGUGGCUUCAGAAGCGGGCGGACAGAUGGCCGACGCCGAUGAGGGCGCUCUACUCAUCGCUUCGGUGGCCAGAAAAAUAUGGGACGAAAUAUAUUUGUCUAAAAGACAACUCUUGGAAGAGACACUUAAAGUGAAUUUAGCGCCAAAUACGCCGGCGUUUGGCUUAACGUCAAUCACGCCAGAGAUCUCAUCGCUGAGAGAAGCCCUUUACGACCCGACGCUUAAAAUUUGGGUCAAUUAUAUUGAAUACGAACAGCAAAGGCAGAGAAGACGCGCCGCCGGGAACUCGUCGCUCGACUCGCCGUCCGUCUCGAGUCCGACGGCUAUUAUAACGGAAAAGUUGGCAAAUAUUAAUAAAUUCAAUUCAUUGGUCUCAAAGUCUGCCGGCGGUCUGGUCUCUAAGAUAGUCGGCGGAACCACUGGUGUGGUGUCUGGAGUGGUGAACACAGCGGUCAGUGUGGGCGCCGCCGCUCGGAAAGAGGCGUUCCGUAAUUCAGUGUCCGACUCGUUAGUUCAGGGAACGACUCAGCCCUGGCUUUUGAUGACUAAAAGCGAAGUGAUUCAGUGGACAGCAAUACAUCUGUCAAUUAUCAACGAUUUCAUUGAAUUGCAAUUAAAGCAAAAAAUUCAGUCCGACUUUCAUCUAAUGAAAUAUGUUUACGACGACUGGAUUGUCGCCGAAUACGAUCUUCUGGUGAGAGAGCGCGCCAUUUGGGGACCCGAUUACGGGUCCAAAUGUUUGGACAAAUGGAAGUUAGAUAUGACUGAAGGCCCGAAUCGGAUGCGAAAGAAACUGAUCCGAAACGACAUGUUUUACUCCCACUAUCCCUAUAAGCCUGAGUACGAAGGGAUGGACGCGAAAGCGUUGAAGUUUAAGCUUCCCAUUAGUAGCGAUUCAAAAGAGUAUUACAAACGCUUUCGCGCAGAGAAUAACAGCCUUAUAGAUAAGGGUUGUUUCGAUCAGACCAUCGAUGACGUGAUGUCAGUCAUACCGGCCAACAGCGAGACCACAUUCCCGGGCAUCAAAACCUCGUCUCUGUUGCCAUCGAAGUCAUCGUCCGAUAAUGAGGACCAAUACGUGUCGGACUUGAAUCAAGAAUCUCAGGACAGAGACGCGGACCCAUUCGGGUUUGUGGACAUCAGUUCGGAAAUGGCUCGACCGGACUCGUCGGCGAGUGACCGCUUCGAACACGACGUGGAGAUGCAAACAGUGCUCCGACUGUUAGAAGAGGGCGAACGCAUAUCGCAUAUGUUUCGUGUGGCGAGGAUUCAGGGCUUAGACACUUACGAAGGACUGCUGCUCUUCGGUAGAGAACACUUCUAUCUCAUCGAUGGCUUCACUUUACUUAAGACCCGAGAGAUUCGCGAUAUCGACUCAUUGCCCGCUAAUAUGCACGACCCGAUAGUCCCGAGUUCUUCGCCGCGUAAUAGCAUUUCCGGCGGAAGUAAACAAAGGAAUACAAAGAAGACUUGCAGUAAAUUUGCGUUCGAAGACAUCAAAGAAGUGCACAAAAGGCGAUACCUCUUACAACCGAUCGCUUUGGAAGUGUUUUCACUCGACGGCCGAAACUCGUUGAUAGUGUUUCCCCGAAAGAUACGGAACAAAGUGUACUCGAGGUUUAUGUCAGUCGCCACUUAUAUCACAGACAGCGCUCAGGACUCGCUUAUGGGACAGAAACGGUCGGCAAACGUGGAAACGGCCGGUAUUUUAAGUAAUAUUAUCGGCGAGACGUCUGUCACUCAACGAUGGGCUAGAGGAGAGAUUUCAAACUUUCAGUAUUUAAUGAAUUUGAAUACAUUGGCCGGUCGUUCGUAUAAUGAUUUAAUGCAAUACCCGGUGUUUCCGUGGAUUAUCGCCGACUAUUCGAGUUCUGAAUUGGAUUUCUCAGAUCCCAACACAUUCAGAGACCUCUCCAGACCAAUGGGCGCUCAAACGCCCGAACGGUUGGAACAGUUUAGGAAACGUUUCAAUGAAUGGGACGCCGACUCUGACAUUAAAGGGUCGGAUGACUUGAUUCAGGGGCCCUAUCAUUAUGGCACGUUUUAUUCUAGUGCGAUGAUUGUGGCCUCAUAUCUGGUCCGUAUGGAGCCAUUCGCGCAGCACUUCCUUCGACUACAAGGCGGACACUUUGAUUUGGCGGACAGAAUGUUCCACUCGAUAGGCGACGCCUGGACCUCAGCCUCCAAGCAUAAUAUGGCGGAUCUCAAGGAACUGAUCCCAGAGUUCUUCUAUUUACCCGAAUUCCUCAUGAAUUACAAUCGAUUUGAUUUGGGAAACAAACAGAGCGGUGUUCAACUCGACGACGUCGUGCUCCCGACUUGGGCUAAGGACGACCCGAGAGAGUUCAUCCGUGUCCAUAGGGCGGCCCUGGAGUGCGAUUAUGUGUCCGCACAUCUGCACGAAUGGAUUGAUCUCAUAUUUGGAUACAAACAACACGGUCCACCGGCUGUGGAAGCGGUCAAUGUUUUUCAUCACCUCUUCUAUGAGGGAAAUGUUGACAUUUACACGAUCGACGACCCGUUGAAGAAGAACGCCACCAUUGGUUUCAUCAAUAAUUUCGGUCAAAUACCUAAACAGUUGUUCAAAAAACCACAUCCGGCGAAGAAGGUGUUCAGUCACUCAACGUCUGUCCCAUUGACUCCGUUGCUGCCAUCAGUUGGUCUCAACUCAGUGCUGAUGAGCAGUUCAUCGCAGGACAAAGUAUUCAUUCAUCAUUUGGAUAAUCUGAGGCCAUCUCUGCAUCCAAUCAAAGAGCUUCGCGGAGCCGUCGGCCAAAUCAUUCAACAGGAAAAGUCUUUAUUAGCGGUCGAGCAGAACAAAGUGCUGAUUCCCACACAAUUCAAUCGAUACAUUGCGUGGGGUUUCGCCGAUCACAGCAUCAGAAUUGGUCCGUACGAGUCGGACAGAGCGCUGUUCAUAUGGGAGAGCAGUCAAUUGCCACCGAAUGGCGAGAUUCUGUGCGCCACAGUUCCCAACCCGAGGAUUAUCGUAACCGCCGGAACCAAUUCAGUGAUCUCUGUUUGGAGGAUCAAAGGAAAAAUGCAAAAUAUGUCACUCAUUCAAAACCUGUACGGACACACAGAACCCAUCACUUGUUUGAGUUCGUCGGCCGUCUAUGGGAUUAUAGUCAGCGGUUCCAGAGAUAAGACGUGUAUUAUUUGGGAUUUAAAUCGUUUGAUUUUUGUCAGACAAUUGGGCGGCGGACAUAAUCUGAUACAUACGGCGCCCAUCGCUGCCAUUGCCAUCAAUGACCUGUCAGGAGACAUAGCGACGUGUGCCUCCAAUUGGCUCUAUUUGUGGUCAAUAAACGGCGAUCUAAUCGCGAGCGUCAAUACCCUAAACAUCUCAUCGAUGUCCCAAUCGAUGUCCACCACUCAAGUACUGUGUGUCGCCUUCUCUACGUAUAACGAAUGGGAUUCGGCUAACGUUAUAAUGACCGGCUCUUCCGAUGGUGUGGUCAAGAUGUGGUCCAUUGACUACAUUCAGGUGCCCGUCGACGACGACGACAAGUCGGACCGAUCUUCCAAUACGAGCGUAUCGUCGACUCCGACCGAUGUCUGCAAAAACGAUUCGUCGCUCACUAUUCCCGUCUCGAAGGAUGAGAUCGUUCGGCGCCUAUCCAUAGCGUCGGCCACUGCGGAGAGCAAUAAGGGAGACGACGACGAGUCCACCGAAGGCAACGCCUCCUCACCCGAAGACAAAGAUAACGAUUGGGAUCUCUUGCAUAUCGAGGCGUCGGACGAAGUGCCCGCCCUAUCGCUACCCCAUUCCAAGUCAGCCGCCAUUUUCAUCACUCCAAUCGCCAAAUCCUCGCCACCGACUGAACACAAAUCGCUGAAACCAAUGCCAAAGACUUUGACCUGCGGUUUGACGCCAUCGCUAGAGGUGCCCAAAAUCCGUACCUCAAAGUCCGACACAUCGCUCUUCGACUCGUUUAUAAUCGUUAACGAAAGCGAAUGCAAUCGAAACCGAUUGCAAUCCAAUGCUGUUCUCAAAGCCGGCCAUAAAUGGAUCCCAAAACUUGUGUUUCGUUCAAAGCUAACAAUGCAUACGGCGUUUGAGCGCAACGACAACACCGAACCGGCGGCCAUCACAGCCCUCGCCAUCUCUAAGGAUAAUAAGACAGUGUUUGUCGGCGACGCCAGGGGUCGGGUCUUCUCGUGGUCUGUGAGCGAAGGCAGGGGUGUAUCCGACCAUUGGGUGAAGGAUGAAGUGGUCGAGAGCUGUACUAAUUGUGGCACAAGAUUCACGUUUUCUGAACGAAGACAUCACUGCAGGAAUUGCGGUCACGUCUUCUGUUCAAAGUGUUCAAAGUUUGAAUCGGAAAUAAAACGUCUAAAGAUCUUAAAACCGGUGAGAGUUUGUCAGAACUGCUGGUCUAACCUUCAGUCCCAACAGUCACUAUCACCGACUCUUCGGCCCAAAUGAAUGUCAAAGUGUUUGUGAAAAUUUUAGACACAAAAUAAGUAGAUUUUGCGCAAAAUUUUGAGAUAUAUUUUUGUGUCCAUUCGAGUCAUAUCUUAGCCACUAAUUCAUAGCAUUCCUAUUAAAUU